CUUCGUACGCCAUUUCCACUCCCUCCAAACCAUUCUAUUUCCUUCCAUGGCUUCUUCUUCUACCUCGUCUCUUCAUUUCCUUCUCUUUCUCCUUCUCAUAUCUCAAUCCUACGGCCAGCAAUCGUUCCGCCCGCACGCCCUCGUCCUUCCAGUAGCAAAAGAUGCAGCGACCCUUCAGUACGUGACCCAUGUCAACCAAAGAACCCCACUUGUAUCUGUAAACCUUGUCAUCGAUCUUGGGGGACGAUUCCCAUGGGUCGAUUGCGAUUUGGGCUACGUGUCGUCCUCUAAUCUCCCAGCCCGUUGCCGGUCCGCCCAAUGCUCGCUAGCCAAAUCUACUUCAUGUGGUGAGUGCUUCUCUAGCCCUAAACCAGGUUGCAACAACAACACAUGUGGCCUCUUCCUAGGGAACCCAUUCAUAAGCACGAGCACAAGCGGAGAGCUUACCCAAGAUGUUCUAUCCCUCCAAUCGACAGAUGGUUCGAACCCAGGCACUGUCGUUACCGUUCCGCGCUUCCUUUUCACUUGUGGAUACACAUUUCUCUUACAAGGCCUCGCUAAUGGUGCUAAAGGAAUAGCUGGCCUUGGAAGGACGCCUAUUGCAUUCCCAUCUCAGCUCGCAUCUGCAUUUAGCUUCCAUCGGAAAUUCGCCAUCUGUCUUUCAUCAUCGACAACAUCCAACGGUGUGAUAUUCUUCGGUGAUGGACCUUAUGUUUUUCUUCCUAACAAGGAACUCUCCAACUCACUUAUCCACACUCCUCUCCUCACCAACCCUGUAAGUACUGCUGGAGUCUCUACGCAGGGAGAGCCGUCGUAUGAGUACUUCAUCGGUGUGAAAUCGAUCAAGAUCAAUGAAAAGCGUGUCCCGUUAAAUGCAUCCUUGCUGUCCAUUGAUAACAAUGGCUUUGGUGGAACGAAAAUCAGCACCGUCAAUCCUUACACAACUCUGGAGACGUCCAUCUACAAGGCUUUCUCUGAGGCUUUCAUUAGAGAGACCACAUCCAGGAAUAUCACUCGAGCAGCACCGGUGGCGCCUUUUGACGUGUGCUUCAGCUCAAAGAGGAUCGGAAGUACACGAGUAGGGCCUGCCGUUCCGUGGGUCGAUCUUGUCUUGCAGAGCGAGAAUGUCUACUGGAGAAUCUUUGGGGCGAAUUCGAUGGUGCAUGUGAAUGAUGACGUGGUAUGCCUGGCAUUUGUUGAUGGUGGGUCUAACCCUAGAACGUCGAUCGUAAUCGGAGGCUAUCAGUUGGAGGAUAAUCUUCUACAAUUUGAUCUAGCUACUUCAAGACUAGGGUUCACCUCCUCACUUCUCUUCAGGCAAACCACAUGUGCCAAUUUCAACUUCACAUCAAACGUCUAGACGGUCCUGAUAAUUAUUUUAGUAUAGAUAUGUGAUCAUAUGUUUCUAUAAUAUAUCUACGCCAUACAGUUGGUGAAUAAACGGCCACGAUCGUUAGUUGGGUGAUUUUCAUUUCUUUAAUGUUACGAAACAUUAAUUAAGAAAUUUAAAAAUAAAAAUAAAAAAAAAGUCCCCGCGAUGGGGCCCGCUAUCAUAUCUGUUACUUUGAGCAAAACGAAAAAAAAAAAAAAAAGAUGCGGAAUAUGCGAUUAUAUAUCUUCUGCCUAUUAUGGAAGCGGAGUGGCCUGUGUACCACACACCAGCGAUGCAGAUGUUGUGGGUACGUGUCGUGCGAAGACGAGCGUUAACGCUCCUCGACCUCCCGGUUGUACGAACGGUUGAAAGGAGAUCAAAGUUACAUGGGCCUCAAACUGAUGUAUUCAUUGUAUCCACACCGUUUAUCCAUUUUUCAAGAUAA